AUCUGUUCUAUACUUCGAAUUUCUACUCAGAGUUUCCAUUUACAAUCAUGGAUACUACUCUUUUCUCCAUGAACAAACCAACAACCUUAAAAAUUCACUUCUUCUUAUUCUUAUGCUUCUUCAUUGGGAUAGUUUCAUCCCAAUUGUCCUCUGAUUUUUACUCCACAACCUGUCCUAAUGCACUUUCAACCAUUAAGAGUGGAGUGGAUUCUGCAGUCAGCAAUGAAGCUCGCAUGGGGGCAUCCCUCCUACGUCUCCAUUUCCAUGAUUGCUUUGUUCAAGGAUGUGAUGCCUCAGUGCUAUUAAAUGAUACAUCAAGUUUCACAGGUGAACAAUCAGCAGGACCCAACGUGAAUUCCAUAAGGGGUUUUGGUGUAAUAGACAGCAUUAAGUCUGAAUUGGAAAGCUUGUGCCCUGGUGUUGUUUCUUGUGCUGAUAUUCUCGCUGUAGCAGCAAGAGACUCAGUCGUUGCUCUUGGUGGACAAAGCUGGACAGUGCAACUGGGCAGAAGAGACUCAACCACAGCAAGUUUCAGUGGUGCAAACUCAGACUUACCUGGUUUUUCUUUCAGUCUACAGCAACUUAUCGAUGCUUUCUCCAAAAAAGAUUUCACCACAGAAGAAAUGGUUACCCUGUCAGGAGGGCACACAAUUGGGCAAGCUAGUUGUUCAACUUUCAGAACAAGGAUUUACAACGACACCAACAUAGAUUCCUCGUUUGCAACAUCGUUGCAAGCAAAUUGUCCUAGCGUAGGCGGUGACAGAAAUUUGGCUCCUCUUGACACCUCUCCGACCACCUUUGACAAUGCUUAUUUCCAGGAUCUGCAGAGCCAGAAGGGUCUCUUGCACUCAGAUCAAGAGCUUUUCAAUGGAGGAUCCACUGAUUCUCAAGUAAAUGGUUAUGUCAGCAACCCUUCAAGUUUUCAAACUGAUUUUGCCAAUGCAAUGGUGAAAAUGGGAAACCUUAGUCCACUCACUGGGUCCAGUGGCGAAAUCAGGACCAACUGUUGGAAGACCAAUUAAGAUAUUGGGCCUUGUUGUACUAAGUAUUGUCACUGUUGUUAGCAGUUCAGGGAUAAUCCCAUUAUGUUUCUUCAAUUGUAAUGUCAAUUUUAUAAUAUGAAUCAUCAAUGUCUAGUUUUGUUUAA